AAAAGAACGGAGACCGGGUAGUCCACCGCCGUCCCUGACCACACUCUCCCCGAUCCGAUCCGCCGCCGAUGGCCGCCGCCCCUCACCGCGCUUUCCCCGAUCCACCGCCGAUGGCCGCCUCCCGCUCUAGCCGAAACGCGGCCCACCUCCGCCUGGCCGUACCUCCGCGACUCGCCGCCCACCCCUCCUUCCGCUUCCCCACCACGCCCCUCCCCACCCCAUCCAAGACGCGCCUCCCCGCCGCCGGCGCCGCCUCUCCCUACGCUGCCGCGCUCCUGCGCGUCCUCGCGCUCCACUCCUUCUUCCUUCUCGCGCCCGCCGCCCGAGCGCUCCCCUCCCUGCCCCACCUCUUCCUGCUUCCGCCGCUCCUCGCCAUCAUCUCCGCCGUCGCCAUCCUCCUCCUCCCCUCCAAGAGCCAGCCCCACCCCUUCCCGGCGCUCCGCCACCUCUUCCGUCCCGCCCUCCUCCUGACGGCGUCCCUUCUCCUCCGCCUCGCCUCCCUCCACCUCAUCAGUGACCCCGGUCUCGUCGUCCUCGCAGAUUCCGCCGGCGCGUUGCUCGCCCGCGCCCUCAACCGUCCCUCCCGCCGUCGCGUUAUCUCCGUCGCCGCCGCCUCCGUUUCGCUCGCGGCCGCAUCGCCUUCCCACUCCGUGCUUCUCCUCGCACUCCCCUUUGCUUCCGGCCUCCUCUCCUCGGUCGAGCACUCUGUAUCUGCGCGACAUGUCACCCGCAGCCGCCACGCCCGUGCGGCCGUUUUUGCCCUCGCCGCCACCUUCCUCUCUGUGCCGGCACUUGCGGGCCUCUUCUUUCUUGGUGGCACUGACACCAGCCAUGGUGUCCCGAUUGGCCAGCUCUGGUGGUUGCUCCUUAACGCCGCUGUCUUUGGCAUGGCCUUGGGGCGACGGCAGGCCUACGACAGCAGUGGCAGUAGCAGCAGACCAAGCAUGAAUUUUGCAAUGACUUUUGUCUGCACUAUUGUUCUGGAGCUGGUGUACUACCCAAAGCUAUCGUUGCCGGGCUUCUUAGUUUGUGGGUUCAUCUUGUGGAUCGCCAGCAGGGAGCUGACUCCUUCAGGAUAUGUUGAGCUUGGGAGCGCUGACGAGUCGGUGUAUGAGGCAGUCAUGGGGCCAGUCCGGCAUAUCCUUAGUGAACGCAAGUCCAGGAAGAUUGCUGCUUUUCUGUUGAUCAACACAGCUUACAUGUUUGUUGAGUUUGCCAGCGGUUUCAUGAGCGAUAGCCUUGGGCUGCUCUCUGAUGCUUGCCAUAUGCUGUUUGAUUGUGCUGCUCUGGCAAUUGGACUAUAUGCGUCGUACAUUGCGAGGCUGCCUGCAAAUGGAUUGUAUAACUAUGGAAGGGGCAGGUUCGAGGUGCUAUCUGGGUAUGUUAAUGCAGUUUUCCUAGUACUUGUUGGGGCCCUGAUUGUGUUGGAGUCGUUUGAGAGGAUACUCGAGCCUCGGGAGAUAUCAACAAGUAGCCUUUUGGCAGUUUCUGUUGGUGGACUUUUCGUAAAUAUCAUUGGAUUGGUUUUCUUUCAUGAGGAGCACCAUCAUGCGCAUGGCGGUAGCUGCUCUCACUCCCAUUCACAUUCUCAUUCUCAUUCACAUGAUCAUGGUCAUGAAGAUCACCAUCACCAUCACCAUCAUGAUCAUGUUCAUGAAGAUCACCAUCAUGAUCAUGUUCAUCAGAGUGCUGAUCACAAGAAGACUUGUUCUGGUCAUCAUGGAGAAACAAAUAAGAUCCAUCAUCAUAGUCACCAACAUGAUAGUAGCAAUGCAGAGAAUCAUCAUCAACAUAACCAUGGCUGUAGCCACAAGCAUGGUCACAAUGGCCAUAUGGAACAUCACCACCAGGGUGUAGAUCAGGCUCAUCAAGAUUGUAGCAGCUUCAGCAGCGAGCAAGGACUUCUUGAGAUUCCACUGAUAAAUGUGCACUCUCAUGGCACAGAAUCUCAGUCUGGUAAUGGAGAACUGGAAUUGCCAGAAACCGGAAACCAUGCCAAGCCGGCAAGCCGGCGUCACAUUGACCACAACAUGGAAGGUAUCUUCUUACAUGUCCUGGCUGACACAAUGGGAAGCGUCGGUGUUGUGAUAUCAACCCUACUAAUCAAGUAUAAGGGAUGGCUAAUAGCAGAUCCCAUUUGCUCUGUAUUCAUUUCAAUAAUGAUUGUAGCUUCCGUCCUUCCAUUGUUGAGAAAUUCUGCUGAAAUUUUGUUGCAAAGAGUUCCAAGGAGCCACGAGAAGGACUUCGAAGCAGCAGUGGAUGAUGUUAAGAAGAUUAAUGGCGUGAUUGGAGUCCAUAAUGUUCAUUUAUGGAACUUGACAAACACCGAUAUUGUAGGCACUUUUCAUCUUCAUAUAUCAGCCGAAGCUGAUAAGUCUGUUAUAAGAGAAAGUGCUUCACGGAUAUUUCAAGAAGCUGGGGUUCAAGAUCUGACUAUCCAGAUUGAAUGUGUCGAAAGAUAGCAGUUGUAGGUAUAGCGACACUUGUCGGUAGUGUGAUAGGAUUUUGGCAGAGAGCAAAUAUAUCUGUAGUGCUUAAUGCAGGAACCAUCCUUUAUGUACCGCUGAAAGGAAAUUGCAUUAUUAAAAUACAGGUUUGCAGCUUAA